AUGCAUGUGUUCACCAAGCUUCAUUUCAUCGCCGCUCUUGGCUCUAUUCUUGUGGUUAAUUUUACCAUGGCCGCACCGCUCUCCAGCGAUAGCCUGGAGGUCAUGGAACGGUCCGAAGGCGUCAGUUCGGACGUCUAUGCCAUCGACGGCAUCGACGCUGCCGACCUGGAGAACCUGGAGAUGGAAGAGGACCUGAGCAUCUCCGAGUUAGCCCAUAAAGGCAAGGAGAAGGCUAAAUCUGUCGCGAAGAAAGUCGAGUCAGGAGCGAAGAAGGCCAAGUCUGGUGUCAAGAAAGUAGCGACUGUUGCGAAACCUUUUAUUGACACUGCGGCUGAUAUUGCUCAGUUUACACCUUUUGCUCCAGAGGCAGCUAUCAUCCACACAAUCGUUGAGUAUGUUGUUUUUGGCCGUGUGGAGUAUGCAGAUAUAAUGGAAUGGAAAAGUGUUGAACUGAACUAA